UAAAUUCAAAAUCUUGCUUGUUUGUGUUUAGCAUUUGAAGUCUUUCCUUAAAACGUGUUUCCAGUUUUUAUUUAUUUUAAUAAUUCCAAUAAAUUUUUACUAAAGUGAAUUCAUACUAAUUUAAAUAUGAAAAGAGAUUUUGAAGAAGAAGAAGUAGAGGAACAAUCUUCAGGAGAAAAUAAUCACCAAAUCAUUCGCCCUAAAUUUUUCAAAACAGCCAAAGACCAAUCCAAAAGGUUGAUCGUUGUAUUGGAAAAUGCAAAUUUAGAAGUUGUGAAAAUUGGUAAUAAAUUUGAGUUGUUGAAUUGUGAUGACCACAUUUCUCAGAUUCGGAAAUAUAAAAAAGAUCCCGCUUUCUGUCGACCAGAUAUCACUCAUCAGUGUUUAUUAAUGUUGUUUGACAGUCCUCUGAAUAGAGCUGGACUCCUUCAAGUUUACAUUCACACCUUACAAAAUGUCCUUAUUGAAAUAAAUCCAGCAACACGAUUCCCUCGUACAUUCAAAAGAUUUGCUAAUCUUAUGGUACAACUCCUACAUAAACUAAGUAUAAGGGCUGCCGGAGGAUCUGACCGACUCUUGAAGGUUAUCAAGAAUCCAGUACAAUCGCACUUACCAAUCGGAUGCAAAAAAAUAGGCACUUCAUUCUCGUGUAAAAAACUAGUUCAUUGUAAAGAACUAGUUCCAACAGACGAGUCUCCAUUAGUAGUUGUGAUUGGUGCCAUGGCUCAUGGACAGGUUGAAGCUGACUAUGUUGACGAAACCGUUUCAAUAAGCCAAUAUCCGUUGUCAGGAGCACUCGCAUGUACAAAAAUAGUAUCCGCGUUUGAAGAAGCAUGGGAAAUUCAUUAAAUCAAUUUGCAUUAAAUAAACAAUUUGAUAAUUUA